AUGACACAUCACAGCUCAAAAGCACACAUGGACGUCGUUCUAGACUUCGCAGCUGAGCUAACCAAUAGCCUCGUUAUCGACCAAAAGAAGCCUCAUCUUGGUCUAAAUGAUAAAAUCUUGGCUCAACUGGAUCGGCAAUUCAAGCACUUUCCUCUGCUGCCAGCGAGUCCCUCGUCUCCGACUCGUCGCGGGUUUGACCAAGAAGGAACAAAGCUAUGGAAUAUUUGCAUGCAACUCAUGACUGUCUAUAGAGACAGAAGUGAAGACCUUCUCGUUGCGUGCAAAGUGAAGGCAUUCGCUUACGCGAUGUUGGACUAUGCCGCACCAUAUCAAGGCCAGGGAAGCAACAGGGCCUUAGAGGCAGCCUUCAGCAUAGCAAUGACGUGCAUAGACAACGACUGUCUCAGUCUAAGCCAGAAAAUCAUCGAAGUCGCAGCUGUGCGGUUAGAUAAACUUGAGAGAUAUGAAAGCGAUGUCAAAAAUUCUAAGCUUCAACAAUAUACUAUCGAGUACUACAUGAUUCGUGCCCACUUGGCCUGGCUGCAGGGAAGACUCGACAUCGCAGAACACUUGUUCUCGAAGAUACCAGUAUCUGAUAAUGGCAGGGGUCAGGCACGUGUCAUGGACAUAUGCUAUAAGAUCGGUAACUGUGCAAUUUCACGCAAGCAGUAUGAUGUCUCUAUGAAGUGGCUAGGAAGAGCGUUGAGGGCAUGUGAGUCCAUUAGGCAUAUGCAACAGGCAUCGAUACUGUCAAACGAGGAUAAAGAGCUCUUGAUACUUCAUGCUUCUGCUCGUGCCGGUCUAUAUCUUGAUUAUGAAGAGCGCAGUGGCUUCCUUGCUGAAGCCCUGGAUGCAUUGAAAUCUCGUUACGGUGGCAUGUUCCCUGUCCAGGCCAUCCAACUUGAGAUGCUGGCCAAGGAAGGACCAGAUGAGAAUGUCUUUUCGCAAGUGCUACAAAGUACCAUUGAGUCGCCUGAGCUUGAAGACUCACACCUCGCAAUCAUCAUGUAUUAUAUACAGAAGCUGUUUAAUACAUCUCCCGAGGUCUCCAUCAGUAUGCUCAAGCAACUGCUCGAACAGGUCAUUCUUCUCCCUAACAACGCAAUUUCACUCGAGAAAGUCUUCAUAGCAUUCGUCUAUGGAUUAAUGCGGUCAGAGAAAUGUGCAAGGGCUAGCUUCGAAAUCUUCCAGGAGACAAUUACCAGCUUGAAAAGGCAUCAUAAACAGCCUCUCAGUAAAGCGGCAACAGAAGCAACACUUAUCCUUAUCUGGAAACAUGUCAAUAACGCAAUAUCAAAUGACGAUAAAUCAGUAGCAGGUCAAUGGUGUCUUUGUUUGUUCGAAGAGCCAAUGGUUCAAAUUUCAGCUGCAAACAAGGCCAAGCUUUUUAGACAGUUUCUCAUGUGUACUGCUCAUGAUUCGAAUGCCUCACAAGCGAUUGAUAUAUUCAAUCGAAUGCCCGAUGAAUGUAGAUCAUGUCCGUCAACAUUGUAUCUCAUGUACAGACUGAGUCUGCAGAACAGCGAUCCUACAGCAUCAAGCAUAUAUCUCGAGUCGCUCCUUGAGGAUGUAAAAGCCAUACCCUACCUCUUGUCAUGUAUAGGAGAAGCCUUAAGGCUUGGGAAGACUCAGCAGGGACUGGAGAGCUUUGAGCAAGUCCUGAAGUCCGUAAAGUGGACUGGUUCAGAAGGAUGCCAUGUCGCAAAGCUGUUACAGUAUGGUUAA